CUCAUCCCAAUCCAUCAGCGUUAUUUCAAAAGAAACUACUACCACGCGCUCAUUCCUUCUCAAAACGAUGAAAUUCGCGCUUUCCACAUUUCUUCUCGCUCUCUCCGUUGUUGUAGCGGGUCAGGACUCUGAUCCCAACUAUGGGGUUAUCAGUCCAGCGGAUGGUACCACGAUUUCUCAGAAUACACCCCUAAACCUCACUUUCGCCCCCCACCGUUACUUCAAAGAAUCUGCGAAGACCAUCGAUGUCUUCCUCCUCAACGGUGCGACGACGAUAUCACCCAAAGCAGGUAUCAACGCGAAACAAGUCGUAUCUGGGAUGACGCCCAACAUUGAGGUCGUAUACGAUGGUAUCCAGGCGCAAGGAUAUCAAGUGAAUAUUGAUUUGACGCAGUUGAGUGCGCCGGUUCCCGGGGAUAGAACGGUGCUUGUUAAGGAGAGCUUUAAUGGGUUUGGGGGUGUGGAUUCUACGAAUUAUUGGUCUCAGACUUUCUCUGUCACCGCCUAGACUUCCGAUUCGAUGGUUCGGUGAAUGGACUAUAGCCUGACGGACAACGGGAUGCUUAGCUUGUAUCGUUUGUGCUUGCGACUAGAACUUAUAAUAUGGAGCUUUGUAUCCUCGUGAAUCAGCUGUGAUGAGAAGUCAGUCAAAUACUAAUACGGAG